AUGUACACCGUUGAGUUUCAAAAGAGAGGGCUUCCACACGCACAUAUCUUGAUCUGGCUGAGUUCAAAUAACAAUCUGAAGAAAGUUGAUGACAUUGAUAGAAUCAUUUCUGCUGAGCUACCUGAUAGUAAAUUGUACCCAAGAUUGGCUGAUGUUGUAUCUUCGUAUAUGAUGCAUGGACCUUGCGGUGGUGCUAGACUUAGCUCGCCUUGCAUGGAUGGAGUAAGAUGUACAAAAUUUUUUCCAAAAGCUUUUAAACAAACUACCACAAUCGACGAUGAAGGUUACCCGAGAUAUAGACGCCGUGACACCGGGAUAGAAAUUGAGAAACAAGGUGUCUAUUUAGAUAAUCGUUAUGUUGUCCCAUACAAUCCAUAUCUUCUGAUCAAAUACGCAGGACAUGUUAAUGUUGAAUAUUGUAACAAGUCUAACUCCAUCAAAUACCUUUUCAAAUAUGUCAACAAAGGUCCUGAUAGGGCGACAAUGCAAGUAUCUGUUGAUAGUCAAGGUCAUGACAAGGAAAAGCCAGUAGAUGAAAUAAAACAGUAUUACGACUGUAGGUACGUUUCACCUUGCGAGGCUGUUUGGAGAAUAUUGGCUUUUGAUAUACACCAAAAAUGGCCUCCUGUGCUUAAAUUGACAUAUCAUUUGCAUAAUGAACAAACUAUCUUAUAUGAAGGCUCUCAUGACAUGAAUUCAAUUGUGAACUACAAUGAGGGAAAAUCUACUAUGUUUCUUGCUUGGUUUGAGGCAAAUCGUGUAUAUGAAGAAGGGAGAGAUUUAACGUAUGCUGAAUUUCCAGAAAGAUUUACAUAUGUGAAGGAUGAAAAAAGGUGGCAGCCACGCCAGCAAGGUUAUUGUAUUGGAAGACUUCAUUACACACCCCCUGGUGUUGGUGAACUGUAUUAUAUGCGAAUAUUGCUUACUCAGCGGAGAGGUUGUAAGGGAUAUAAAUGUCUAAAAACAGUUAAGGGUCACACAUAUGACACCUUCCAAGAAGCAUGUGAUGCUUUGGAUUUACUUGAUGAUGACAAAGAGUUUAUAGAUGGAAUAACUGAAUCAAGUUUGUUGGGUUCCGGUCAUCAAUUGCGUAGGUUUUUCGUUUUUCUAUUAACAAACAGUACGAUGACAAGCGCUAAAGAUGUUUGGGAGGCAACAUGGCAUUUGUUGUCCGAUGGCAUUUUACAUUCAAGGAGGAGGGAAUUGAAAAUUCCAGAUCUACAAAUUAGUGAAAAUGAUUUGAAGAAUUUGUGUUUAAUAGAGAUUGAAAAGCUGCUUAUUUUAAAUGGAAAAACUCUUGAGAAUUACAAGUCUAUGCCACAACCAGAUCGUAUCGGCAUGCCGACCUACAACAAUAUGUUUAUCGUAGAUGCCCUUAAUUAUGACAAGACUGAAUUGGCAAAGACACAUGAUUCUCUAUUAUCCAUGUUGACCAGUGAGCAGAGGGAUGCAUAUGAUAAGAUUAUGGAAUCCGUUCUUUCAGGUUAUGGUCGUUUCUUUUUCUUAUAUGGUUAUGGGGGUACUGGAAAAACAUUUAUAUGGAAAACAUUGUCUGCUGCUGUCAGAUCAAAAGGUUUAAUUGUAUUAAAUGCAGCUUCUAGCGGAAUUGCAUCACUGUUAUUACCAGGUGGAAAAACUGCACACUCAUCUUUUGGAAUCCCUAUUGAGAUUAAUGAGUUGUCUACAUCCAACUUUAAAAAGGAUAGUCUACAGGCAGAGCUAAUUUCUGAAGCCAAGUUAAUAAUUUGGGAUGAGGCACCAAUGAUGAAUAAACUAUGUUUUGAAUGUGUUGAUAGAUUUUUGCGAGAUAUUAUGGAAAAGAAACAUCCGCUCAACAAAUACAAACCGUUUAGUGGUAUAACAGUGGUUCUUGGCGGUGAUUUCAGACAGAUAUUACCUGUAAUCAGGAGAGGGUCAAGACAAGAUAUUGUUUCUUCGGCAAUUAAUUCUUCAAAAUUAUGGGCUCAUUGUACUGUAAUGCGACUUAAUGUGAAUAUGAGAUUGGGUGCAUCAUCUAUACCGGCUGAACAAAAAGAAAUUGCAGAUUUUGGUAAAUGGAUACUAUCAAUUGGUGACAGUGAUGACAAUGCAGAUGGAGAUGGUCAGAGCAAUAUUAAAAUCCCUGAAGACUUGCUUAUAACUGAUACUACAAAUCCGUUGAUGUCUUUGGUCGAUUUUGUAUAUCCAAACUUUCUGGAUAAUAUUAACAAUCCACAAUUUUUUCAAGAAAGAGGAAUUCUUGCCCCGACUCUUGAAUCAGUUGAGUAUGUUAAUGAUUAUCUUAUGUCACCGAUUCCCGGUGAUGAGAGAGAGUUUUUAAGCUCUGACUCCUGUGUUCGAUCAGAUGAAAAUUCCGAGAUUCAAGGAGAUUGGUUCACAACAGAAUUUUUAAAUGAUAUCAAGGUUUCGGGGAUUCCUAAUCACAAGUUGAAACUAAAAGUGGGAUGUCCUGUUAUGCUCCUGAGAAAUGUUGAUCAGGCAAAAGGUUUAUGUAAUGGUACGAGGUUAACAGUGACCCACCUAGGGAAGAAAAGUAUAAGUGCUACGGUCAUUACAGGAAAAAAUGCGGGGGAUAAAAUAUUUAUUCCUAGAUUUGAUUUGCUACCAAGUGAUCCUGGCCUACCAUUUAAAUUUAAGCGUAGGCAAUUUCCAAUAACUCUUUGUUUUGCAAUGACCAUCAAUAAAAGUCAAGGCCAGUCUUUAUCUCAUGUAGGCAUUUAUCUUCCGAAGCCCGUUUUCACUCACGGACAACUUUAUGUUGCUGUCUCUCGCGUUACAUCUAGAAAGGGAUUGAAGUUGUUGAUUUUGGAUGAAGAUGAUAAUAUUUGUAGUGAGACCACAAAUGUUGUCUAUCGCGAAGUUUUUCAGAACGUAUAAAGAUUUCUAAACUUUUCAGUUCAGACUAUUAUGAAUAACAGAUGACUAUUAUGAAACACGCUUCAAAAUAAUAUGUUGAAGUUUCAAAUAGUGUUGACAAUUGUUUUAUUUAUUUCUCCUGUUGAAUCGUUUUUUUUAUAAGAAAACAUUUAUAUUUUGUUAAGGUGGAUUAUGUAUAAGUGGUAUACACAACCAACUACAGUGAUAUAAAAAUAACUUUCAUCGAUAUUAUGCGAAGAUGCAUCGAGAUGUGUGAGCUCAUGUAGCACAAAUCCGUUAUUACUUUAAAUGAGAUUCACCGUUUGAUGAUA